UACAGCUGUAUCAAACCGGGUCUGAAACAACAAUCUGAAACUUUGACUCCACAGUUUAAAACGUAGAUAUAGGCUAGAAUAGAAUACACAAACGUAUUUGCAUGUGAAGUGUCUAUCGUUCCGUAUUUCCAGCAAGAAUUCUAGCAAAUUUUGGAUGAAAGUAUGAAAGAAAACCAAAGUCACUCCGUCUGAAUACCGACACCUCUAUUGGAGCGCGCAGUGUCUUGAGCUUUUCUGUGUUCGCUGUGACGUUAGUUACCUCCUGGCAGCCAGCAAGUCACUACCGGAGCGGAGCCGCUUGAAAGAUGCACAAGUAACCAAGUAGGGAAAGACAGACAGGGGAACACUCCCAUUACCGGACACGUUAGCUGUAAAAACGAAUAUUUUCCUCUGUCAGAGCGGAAGAGUAGAAUAGAUUCUUACCCCGGAGCUGGGGGUUACGUUCGCGAUACUCUCCCGCAAUGGAAAGACUUUUAACUUGUCUCAUUGCUGCGGGAAGCUUAUUCCUUACAGUUCGAGGAGAAGUAUUCAAAGGUGACUGUAACUUUGAGAGGCCCUACACGGCAUGCGGCUACAGCCAGGGUAAGGAUGACCACUUUGAUUGGGAGCAGGCCAACACCAAGGUGAGGCCGUCGCCCAACCCCUGGAUGCCCACAGGCUCAGCCUUCAUGAUGGUCAACACCAGCGGACGUUCCUCGGGCCAGAAGGCCCAGCUGCUCAUGCCCCAGCUCAAAGAGAACGACACCCACUGCCUCAUCUUCCAGUACUACGUGGCGGGCCAGCGCGAGGGCGCCAACCCGGGCCAGCUCAACAUCUACAUUAAGGAGAACAACAGUCCGCUGGGCAUCCCCGUGUGGAACGCCUCUGGCCCCGCCUACCCCACCUGGCGCCAGGUGGAGCUGGCUGUCAGCACCUUCUGGCCCAACUUCUACCAGAUUGUCUUUGAGGCGGUGAGCACAGGACAACGAGGCCUACUGGCCAUCAAGAGCAUCAUCUUGCAAGGCCACCAAUGCAUGAGCACCCCACACUUCCUCCACAUCAAAGGUGUGGAGGUCAACGCCAGGCAGACCGCCACCUUCCAGUGCACAGUCAACGGUCGACCACAAGACAGCCACAACCUCUGGUUACAGGGUAUCGGAGGGAGACGGGCCCCGAUGAGAGAGACCAAGCCGGUGAACUCUCGCCGCUACACCGCCACGUUCGACGUGGAGAACACCACUAAGGGAGACUCGGGCCGCUACCGCUGCAUCGUCCACUCAGACAAGGGCGUGGGCGUGUCCAGUUACGCCGACCUGACCGUCAAACAACCCCCGGUGCCCAUCGCUCCGCCCCAGCUUACCGCUGUGGGUGCCACCUACCUGUGGAUCCAGCUCAACGCCAACUCCAUCAACGGCGACGGGCCCAUCGUGGAGCGGGAGGUAGAGUACCGCACAGUGGCGGGCAGCCUCAUUGACAACCAGCCCGUGGACAAGACCACGCACAAGAUCGGCCACCUGGACCCUGACACGGAGUACGAGAUCAGCGUUCUGCUCACCCGCCCCCUGGACGGAGGAACAGGGGCCCCUGGACCUCCCCUGAGGGCCAAGACCAAGUGUGCCGACCCCAUGCAUGGCCCCCAAAGACUGGAGGUGGUGGACAUCAAGUCCAAGCAGAUCACAGUGCGCUGGGAGCCCUUCGGCUACAACGUGACCCGUUGCCACAGUUACAAUCUGACUGUUGAGUACCGCUACCAGGCAGACGACAAGGAGGAGACCCGCGAGGAGGUGUGCUACGACACCUUGAGCCUGGCGCCGCAGCACACCAUCCGGAACCUGUCACCCUACACCAACGUCAGCGUCAAACUGGUGCUGAGGAACCCUGAAGGCAUCAAGGAGAGCAUGGACGUGGACGUGCUGACCGACGAAGAUGUGCCUGGCGCUGUGCCACUCCAGUCCAUCCAGGGGAGCACCUAUGAGGAGAAGAUCGCCCUGCGAUGGAGCGAGCCUGUCCAGACCUACGGGAUCAUUAAGCAGUAUGAGAUCUCCUACAAGGCCCUCAGCUCCUUCGACACAGAGUUUGACCUGACCAACCAGAGUGGUAGGGUGUUCAAAUUCAGCAAUGAGACAUUCCACAUGUUUGUGGGUCUCUACCCCGGUUCCACCUACUCAUUCACCAUCCGGGCCAGCACCGUCAAGGGCUUUGGAACCCCCAUCAUCACCCAGUUCACCACCAAGAUCUCAGCUCCGUUGAUGCCAGGCUAUGACCAGGAGACUCCCCUGAACCAGACAGACAGCACGGUCACCGUCCUGCUGAAGCCUGCCCAGAGCCGAGGAGCCCCUGUCAGUAAGUACCAGGUGGUGGUGGUGGAGGAAGAGCGCCCCCGGCGGGCGCGGAGGGCGGUAGAGAUCCUGCGCUGCUACCCGGUGCCCAUCCACUUCCAGAACACCACUGUGCUCAACUCCCAGUACUACUUCACAGCUGAGCUGCCUAUGGGCGACAUCAAGACCCCCGUACCCUUCUGCAUCGGAGACAACCGCACCUACAACGGCUACUGGAACGCCCCCCUCCUCCCCCACAAGAGCUACAGCGUCUACUACCAGGCCGUCAGCACGGCCAAUGGGGAGACCAAAAUCGAUUGUGUAAGAGUGGCCACUAAAGCCGCCAUAAUCGUGACACAGCUCACCACUCCCUACAUACGCAUCGCCCCCGCGGCUGGCGACAACCAACUAACAGGGGCUGCGACCAGGAAGCCUGACGCGGUGGAGCCGGAGAAGCAGACGGACCACACGGUGAAGAUCGCCGGGGUCAUCGCUGGUAUCCUCCUCUUUGUCAUAAUCUUCCUCGGCGUGGUGCUGGUCAUGAAGAAAAGAAGAACCUAUCACUCCUACACUUACUACCUGAAACUGGCCAAGAAGCGCAAGGAGACCCUGAGCAACACGCGACAGGAGAUGACGGUGAUGGUGAACUCCAUGGACAAGAGCUACACGGAGCAGGGCACCAACUGUGACGAGGCCAUCUCCUUCAUGGACACCCACAGCCACACACUCAACGGGAGAACUGCCUCUCCCUCGACAUUCACCAUGAAGACUAACUCAAUCAGCACGUCCGUACCCACCUCCUACUACCCAGAUCCCUUUGUGCCAACCGCUAUCUUGGUGCCCAUUAAUGAUGAGAACCACACCAUGACCAGUGACACCAGCAGUCUGGUCCAGUCCCACAGCCACUCCUAUAAGAAGAAGAGGGAGGUGGCAGACGUGCCCCCCUACCAGACGGGUCAGCUCCACCCGGCCAUCCGCGUGGCAGACCUGCUCCAGCACAUUACCCAGAUGAAGUGUGCUGAGGGCUACGGCUUCAAGGAGGAGUACGAGAGCUUCUUUGAAGGACAGUCUGCACCAUGGGACUCUGCCAAGAAAGACGAGAACAGGAUGAAGAACCGAUACGGAAACAUUAUUGCAUAUGAUCACUCCCGUGUCCGGCUGCAGGCUAUCGAGGGAGAGCAGAGCUCCGACUACAUUAAUGCAAAUUACGUGGAUGGCUACCACAGACCAAAUCACUACAUCUCUACCCAAGGGCCCAUGCAGGAGACUGUCUACGACUUCUGGAGGAUGGUGUGGCAGGAGAACACAGCAACUAUUGUCAUGGUGACCAACCUGGUGGAGGUGGGAAGAGUGAAGUGCUGUAAGUACUGGCCUGACGACACUGAAAUCUACAGGGACAUGAAGGUGACCCUCAUCGAGACACAGCUGCUGUCAGAGUACGUCAUCAGGACCUUCGCUGUGGAAAAGAGGGGAGCCCAUGAGAUCCGGGAGAUCCGUCAGUUCCACUUCACUGGCUGGCCAGACCACGGGGUACCCUACCACACCACCGGCCUGCUGGGCUUCGUACGCAGGGUGAAGUCGAAGACCCCUGCCAAUGCCGGGCCCAUGGUGGUCCACUGCAGUGCUGGGGCGGGAAGGACUGGCUGUUUCAUCGUGAUUGACAUCAUGCUCGACAUGGCGGAGAGAGAGGGUGUGGUCGACAUCUACAACUGUGUGAGAGAGCUGCGCUCACGAAGAGUUAACAUGGUCCAGACAGAGGAGCAGUAUGUGUUCAUCCACGACGCCAUCUUGGAGGCGUGUCUGUGCGGGGACACCACCGUCCCAGCCAACCAGCUACGAUCGGUCUACUAUGACAUGAACCGCCUGGACCCCCAGACCAACUCCAGCCAGAUCAAAGAGGAAUUCAGGACUCUGAACAUGGUGACUCCUACGUUGCGUGUGGAGGACUGCAGCAUCGCCCUGCUCCCCAGGAACCACGAGAAGAACCGCUGUAUGGACGUCCUCCCGCCAGACCGCUGUCUGCCCUUCCUCAUCACCAUCGACGGAGAGAGUUCCAACUACAUUAACGCUGCCCUCAUGGACAGCUACAAGCAGCCGUCAGCUUUCAUCGUUACCCAGCACCCCUUGCCCAACACGGUCAAAGACUUCUGGAGGCUGGCGCUGGACUACCACUGCACCUCCAUAGUGAUGCUCAACGACGUAGACCCAGCACAGCUGUGUCCCCAGUACUGGCCGGAGAACGGUGUGCACCGCCACGGGCCCAUCCAGGUGGAGUUUGUGUCAGCUGACCUGGAGGAGGACAUCAUCAGCAGGAUAUUCCGUGUCUACAACGCUGCACGGCCGCAGGACGGGUACCGCAUGGUGCAGCAGUUCCAGUUCCUGGGCUGGCCCAUGUACCGGGACACCCCCGUCUCCAAGCGCUCCUUCCUCAAGCUCAUCCGCCAGGUGGACAAGUGGCAGGAGGAGUAUGACGGGGGAGAGGGACGUACCGUGGUGCACUGUCUGUAAGUACGGUUGCAAAGGGAGGGUGUAUUACUGGAAGCGUUCUAAUCAUCUCUGGCCCUCUGUUGCCUUUAUAACAUGUCAAAUUAUAUGAAUUAAUUCAAUAA